GUUCUCGCAGCGUUGCUCUUGGAAGGCGUGUUGUCUGUCGUACACAUCACGGAUGAUGGAAUGAGCAUCUUGGAGCCGCUGCAGAUUACGAAUACUCAUGUGGCUGUGGAGGUCCUUCAACUCUCUGGAUAUGGCCUGAUCUGGGAUAUUGUUAAAAGGUUUCUGAACACCACAAUACCAAUAAAUGGCCAAGUUCUGCUGUUCCUCCGACCUCCAGUUUUAAGACAUUGUGUACUCGAUGUAUUUCUGCUGCCGGGAAACAUCCUUCGGCGUGAGGUUGUCACCGAACAAGAAGAUGCGAAGUACAUCAAGAUCUCCUCAGACUGCCAUCUCAACGUUGGUCACAGUUACAGUGUCCACUGCGAACCUGAGGACUUCGCAAUACAGCCUGAGAGUAUAAAGUUUCAAUCAAAGUACGGGCGAAAUUUCCAUCCAACAUUUGAGGUUUUCCUGACUACGAAUACAGAGAGAGUGACGUUGAUGGUCCAGGACCAAGAGGGGAGACAAGUCUGGAAACGUACUGUGCAUCUGACAGGUUAUUUUCCAGAUUCAAGAAGGGGAAGUCUUCCCGAAGAAGUCGAGGAGAACGUCCAAGUAGAAGACAGCGUCCCAGCACAGGAGAGGCUGUUCUCAGUUCGGACAGAGUUUAUAAACAGGGUGUCUGACCCUGCUCUGAACCAGCUUUUGGAUAAACUCCUUCAGCGUGGUGUUAUAAAUGAUGAGGAAAUGCAGUCAGCCAGAAUAAAAGUCCAAGCAGAAAAAGCUCGAGACAUAAUCGACAUGGUGCGGAAAAAGGGAACCAGAGCUAGUUCAGUCCUGAUCGACGCUCUCCGUGAGGUGGAUCUAUGCAUUUCCACCGAGCUGAGCCUAAGCUGAAACAAAACCAGGAAACAGUCACAUGACUUAUCGUAAUCUAUAAACACGAAGCUUUGUUGAAAGGGAAAAAACAAUGGUUUGCCAAAAUUGGAAAAGGUUUUCCUUUGCAUUUUAUAAAAGUUCCACAUUCAUAUGAACACAUUCUGAAAACAUUCCUCGUGCACACAGAUCCCAACAACAAUGUUGCAGUAUCCCUGCCAGACCUGUAGGUAGCAGUGUAACCAAAAAGGUCUUUUAGUUGCCCUCCAUUGACUCAGAGGUGGAUUGAUUAUUGGAUGUAAUUAUCUCUGCUGAUCACAGUAAUGGUGCUGGAGGAGCAUUCGAGUCCACAUAAAACAGAAAUCCGGGUACUGUUUGCUUCCACAUAUUUGUUUGCUGUAGUGGACCCAUUAGCUGACUCCCAGUGAACAGCAGGUCUAGACCGGGACUGAAUGCAGCAUCUGAUGCUGACUGAGGUCAGUUUGACUACAGUACUGAGGUGGUUUUAUUGCUGGUUUUGGCUGGCAGUCAGCUAAUGUUAGCUGCUAACUAGCUAACAGCAUCUAGCAUUAAUGUUGGCGACAGUAAGCUUCUUUUAGCAACACGUCCAAUAUUCGCUCUAUGUCGCUAAAAGUUGAAGAUUGAUUGACAGGUGAAUGUGUUGAAAUCAGUUAGUUCAUGCUGACGUAAGAACGCCUCACAUUUUGUUUUACAGGAAGACACAAUGAUUGGAUUUACAUGAAAAACACAAAGAAAUUGUGUUUUUGUGUCAUACAUUGUUUAAUUAAUAGUGAAACAAUAUAAUUGCAGACGCAAUCUUAAAGGCUUAAAAAUUCCUUUUUUAUUUCAAUAAACUCAGCAGAGCCUGCAGCACAAACACAGCUUGAUGGUCUGCCAUUGUUGUUCUUGUGUUUGGACGUGGCUAUUGAAGUGCAGCCAUGUCGUCACCAUUUUCAUAGCAGAAGUGUUUUGGUGGUACAUGUCGAUGGUAACUGUGGUGUUUCCAAAAGAUUGCACCCUGGAAUCCGGUUUCAAAUAUUUGUGUUUUCAGGCCCUAAAACAGUGUUAAGUGUUGAAUCUCAACAAACAAAGUCAGAAAAAGGUCAAUGGAAUCAGGAAAAGACAGAAUUGAAACCUUUUUCUGCUCUUUCCAAUGAUUUGUAAUGCAUGCAACGGCGCCACCUCUGAAAUUUGCUGAACACAUUUAAAAGUUCACACUCAGGAAGCUCUGUGGCUCAUCAAAUGGGUCCUUACAGUCGCACACAGACCACAGUCAGACCACUUUCUGUGUUUAAACUAUGUAAUAAAAUGGUGUUUCAACAAUGGCUGUCAUAUUUUCCUCAUACCUGUUUGAGUAUGUAGACAGCUGAAUAUUCCCUCCUGAUAGUGACACUGUGUACAUCAAUGCAGUGGUUCCCAACUUUUUUCCUUCAGGGACUCAUAUAAAUCAACUCAAUAACUGCAAGACAAUUAUGUAAAAUGAGAGAUUUGGAUGUAUUUUGAGCAGAUUAUUUCCUAUUUAGGGUACUUCUUAUCUAUUAUGUAUUUUUUAAAUCAUUUUUAGUACAUAUUUAAUAGUCUGUGAUUUCUUCUCUCUGACACUUCUUCACAGAAGUUAAGAAAAUUCUGAGAUUUAGACCUGCCGUGUAUAUUUUUUAAUGUUUUCUUACAUGCUUUAAAAAUCAAGAAGGUCCUGCGACCCCCUGGUAAGCUUUGGCGACCCCUAGUGGGGGUGAACCACUGCAUUAAUGUGUUGCUGUAACGUGUAUUAUUUACAGCUUGCCUCAAUUUGUGAUGUGAUUUGGAUGAAUUUUGAGCAGAUUAUUUUGAUAUUUUUUGUAACUUUUUAUACAAUUUGUCUUUAUAUGUAUGUAUUUUCAACAUCAUACAGACUUAAUAGGCUUUAAAAAAAUAAA